AUGACCGUCACAAUCCACCACCUCCACGCCUCAACCUCCGAGCGCGUCCUCUGGCUCUGCGAAGAACUCGGCAUCCCCUACGAGCUCAAAACCUACGACCGCCAGCCCCUCCUCGCACCCCCCGAGCUCAAAGCACUCCAUCCCCAGGGCUCGGCGCCCACAAUCCAAGACGGAAAUGUAACACUCGCCGAAACCGGCGCAUGCAUUGAAUACAUCGCGCACAAGCACGGGAAUGGGCGUCUGUUCCUGCCGCCCUCGCAUCCGAACUAUGCCGACUUCCUCUACUGGUUCCACUGGUCGAACGGGACGCUGAUGGGGAAUAUCGGGCGGAUCAUGAUGGCGAAAUUUGCAGGGCUCGAGCCGGAUAACAAGAUGGUGGGUUACUCAAAGGAUAGGCUGGGCAAGUCGUUGCAGAUUCUGGAUGACCGCGUUAAGGAGAGCAAGUGGCUUGCCGGUGAGGAGUUUACGGCGGCGGAUGUGAUGAUUGUCUUUCCGAUUACGACGGGGAGGUACUUUGCGCAGUUUAGUUUGAAAGAGUAUCCGAAUCUCGUGGCCUACCUGGGCCGUGUGAGUGAGAGGGCUGCAUAUAGGAAGGCGAUGGAGAAGGGGGAUCCGGGGAUGGAGCUGGCUUUGGGUGUUGAGAGUCCUAAGAAACCAAUUGUUUAG